AUGGCGUGUGACCAGGAGGACCUUGCAGGUUCUCCCCGUGGGUCCUCAGCUCCCAUGAGCACCGUGACAGUGGUCCUGGUGGUGGUGACAACUCCGGUGGGGUUGGGGACCUUCUCCAUCCCCCAGGCAGCAGAGGAGGAAUCGGGAAGGAGCAGGAUUCUAGCGACUGCUGGGACUGAUUUUGACCUGCGGACCCUGAGAGCCGUCCGAGUGCUACGACCCCUGAAGCUUGUGUCGGGAAUCCCAAGCUUGCAGGUUGUCCUCAAGUCCAUCAUGAAGGCGAUGGUGCCCUUGCUUCAGAUCGGGCUGCUCCUCUUCUUCGCCAUUGUGAUGUUUGCCAUCAUCGGGCUGGAGUUUUACAUGGGGAAGUUUCAUAAAACCUGCUUCUCUAACGAGACAGGUGAUGAGGUGGGAGAUUUUCCUUGUGGAGAGGAGCCUCCUGCCAGGCAGUGCGAGAGCGGGACCACGUGCAGGGAGUACUGGCAAGGGCCCAACUACGGCAUCACCAACUUCGACAACAUCCUCUUUGCUGUGCUCACCGUCUUCCAGUGCAUCACCAUGGAGGGAUGGACCGACAUCCUCUACAAC